AUGAGAAUCUUCCUCUGCUUGCUGAGUGUGUGUGCGGUGGCGCAAGCGGGUUUCUUUGGCGGUGGUGCAGGUGGUGGUGCCAGUGGAGGCCCUAGUGGCGGCCACGAUCACCACGAUCAUCACGGCGACUCCAGUGGCGGAGGACACGAUGUCAAAGUUAUUAAAGUGAUUCACGAAUCCAGCUCACAGGGUGGCUGGCAAUCCGGUGGUGCUGGCGGUGGUGGCUGGCAGGCAACUGGAGCUGGCGGUGCUGGUGGUUGGGCUGCUGGCGGUGGUGCUGGCGGUGGUUAUGGAGGCGGCCAGGAAGUCAAAAUCAUCAAGAUUAUCUCACAGCCAUCGUCAUCUGGAGGCUAUGGAGGACAUGGUGGCUCCAGUGCUGGCUGGUCGUCAGGUGGUGGCGCCUCCGCAGGCUGGUCCGCUGGCGGCUCCGGCUCAUCGGGCUGGUCAUCUGGUGGCAGUGAUGCUACCGCUGCUGUGAAAAUCAUCAAGAUCAUCUCGGAAAGCGCUCCAGAAGGUGGUGAUGCCUCUGGCUGGGCAGCUGGUGCUGAUGGUGGUGGUGCCCCCAGUGGUGGUUGGUCAUCGGGCGGUUCCUCAAGCGGUGGCUGGUCUUCAGGAGGCGCUUCCAGCGGUGCUUGGUCUUCAGGAGGUCCUUUGGCAGGACCGUCAGGAGGUCCUUCAAGUGGCGGCUGGUCCUCGGGCGGCCCUCCGAGCGAUGCCUGGUCCUCCUCCCAAAGCAGCGGUGGAUCCGGCAGCUACGGUGGUGGCUGGUCAUCUCAGGGAGGAAACGGUGGACACGGCGGUAGCUGGUAAUCCUUUUUCUUGUCCUGUGAUAAAUCUCAGUAUCAUUCUGUAGUCAUUUCAUUUUCAUUUC